AUGCUGUCUGGGAAACCUGUCCUCAACCAGUCUGGGCCCCCUGAGUUCGUGUUCCGUGUGUUCACCAAUGUCCCUGAAUUCCAGGCUCUCCUCUUCACACUCUUCCUCCUGCUCUAUCUAAUGAUCCUCUGUGGAAACACUGCCAUCAUCUGGGUGGUGUGCACACACAGCUCCCUGCGCACACCCAUGUAUUUCUUCCUGGGCAGUCUGUCCCUCCUGGAAAUCUGCUACACCACAGACGUGGUGCCCUUGAUGCUUUCCAACAUCGUGGGAAUACAGAAGCCUAUAUCACUGGCUGGUUGUGGCACACAGAUGUUCUUCUUCCUCACUCUAGGCGGCACUGACUGCUUUCUUUUGGCAAUCAUGGCUUAUGACCGGUAUGUGGCCAUCUGCCAUCCUCUGCACUAUAGCCUCAUCAUGACCCGGAAGUUGUGCCUCCAGAUGGUACUAGGCUCCUUAAACUUGGCUCUAUUCCUUUCCCUGCAGCUCACCGCCUUAAUUUUCACCUUGCCCUUCUGUGGACAUCACAGGGAAAUCAACCACUUCCUCUGUGAUGUGCCCCCAGUCCUGCGCCUGGCCUGUGCUGACAUCCAUGUGCACCAGGCAGUACUUUAUGUUGUGGGCAUCCUGGUGCUAACAGUCCCGUUCUUGCUUAUCUUCAUUUCUUAUGUGUUCAUUGCUUCCACCAUACUGCGCAUGCGCUCUGCAGAGGGCCGCCAGAGGGCCUUUUCCACCUGUUCCUCCCACCUCACUGUUGUCUUGCUACAGUAUGGUGGCUGUAGCCUGGUGUACCUGAGACCCCGCUCCAGCACCUCAGAUGAUGAGGACCGCCAAAUCGCCCUGGUUUACACAUUUGUAACUCCAUUACUCAACCCUCUAAUUUACACUCUUAGGAACAAGGAUGUCAAAGGUGCCCUGAGAAACUCCAUCUUCCGUAAAGCUGCUUCUCAUUGGAGCUAA